GAUUCGCUCCCUGGAUCCCGUCCGUUUCGCUCUCAUCUCCUUCCGUCUCCCGUCUCUCUCUCUCUCUCUCUCUCUCUCUCUCUACAUCCAUUCGCAUUUGUCUUCCCCUCUCUCUCUCUCUCUCUGAAUUUUGGGUUUUGGAUUCUCUAGCUUUCUGGGAAAAUUUAUCUUUCCCCAUGAAACACAAUGAAUCCACAAAAUACCCAAUCUACCCCGCCUCCAAUUCUCCAUUAAUCCCUUCUUCCAACAAUUUCAAUUCCCGAUCAAUCUAGAAUCUCCUCUUCGAUUCGACUCAGCGAUGACACGGGAUGCUUCGCUUCUAUCGCCACCGCUAACUCGGCCUCCGCCUCGCGAGAGGCGCGGGGUCGGCGAGGUGGCCGGCGGCGCCGCAGCGGAGUGCGCGGCGGUGUGCUGCUGCUGCCCGUUCAGCGUGAUGAAUUUGCUGAUAUUGACGGUGUACAAAGUCCCGAAAGGGAUUUGCAGGAGGGCCUUGGCCCACAGGAAGAACAAGCGGCGGUGCUUGGCCGCCCAGAAGAAGGCGCUGUUGCAGCCCAGGCCCAAUGGGCUCGCCGGCGGCGGGCUCUAUAGCGACGACGAAUUCUUUAGGAGAGCGAGCAGCUACAGCGAUGGCGACGUCGAUGACCGAAAGGGUAGCGAGGAUGAAACGGAGGGCGCUGAUUUGUUGGAGAAGGAGAUGUGGGACCGAUUCGACGGUGCCGGCUUUUGGAGGAGCGCUUCUCGGAGAGAUUUGUGAUGAUCAAUGUCGUCGUUUUUGGACUCGCAUGUCGUUUCAUUUGAAUUCGAAUUUGGGUGAGGACGGUUGGGCAAAUUGGUCAUUCAAUGAAUUGUAAAUGUGAAAAUUUUGAGAUUAAUGAAGAAUUUUAAACAAAAAUGAAUAUAAAUUCGGGCA